AUGUCAGGAGAAGGUCUUGAUCCUCUCAAGCGAUACAUUGUCAAGGGCAUAGCCAGUGGCAUUGGCUUGGCAUCCGAGGGCAUAACCUCUUACAAAGAACGUCGCAAGGCCUCAUCAUCACCACCAACCUCUGAAAACGAUGCAACCUCAACUCGAUCCUUUCCAACUUCAACAAACGCCACAGCUGCUGGCGUCCAUGAACUCUCCGGUGAUGCGAAGUCCCGGCCAGAAGAGGAUGCUCAGUGGGAACUUGAUGAGGCACAGGAUGAACUGCUGCCACAAUACGAGCCUCCACAAGAGACGAGCACUACCCCCGAUCUCGGCCAAGAUCUCUUCAGCAGAUAUCCUGCGCCUGCAUAUACGGAAACCAUGAGCAAAUUGUCCCAGCCAGUCAUCCUUCCCCAGCGCAGACCAAAGACACGCAAACGAGGCUUCAUCAGAGCAUACGCCCCAGCCUUGAACGACACUGGUAUAACCCAGGACAUGUUUCUUGAUUUUCUCGAGACAUUCCACAAAUCUACACAAGCAUCGCCAUGGAUCGAUGCCAUCAACCUUGCCGCCAUGCCUCUUUCACUGAUCCCUCACUUCCCAAUGGUUGUCGGACUGGCUAUUCAGGCCACACUCAUGGUAGCAAAGGACAUCCAAAACAGGACGAGGACGAAUGCAUUCUUGGACAAGGCAAACAACGAAUUCUUUGGACCUCGUGGGCUGUACUGUCUCAUCAUGACUUAUAGCCCUGAGACCGACAAGCCCCAUGAAGCUGCCAACGUCUCUUCUACAAUUGCUACCUCCCAGAACCCCUCCACAAGUCAGAAGAUGUUUGGCAAGCUCAAGGAGUCGAAGGGCAAGACGUAUGGAGAAGUCGAGCUGCCAGAAGCGGCACCCCUCGUGUUUCCAGUUCUGGAAGACCCUGCCGCAGAAGGCGAUGCAAAAAAGUCGACCAAGGAGAAGUUGGAAGGCACUCAGAACUACGUGAGAGAAUACUUUGACAAGAGGGCACAAGCCAAGUUCGCUGCCAAGAACGAUGGGAGCUCUCUGGUUCAGGGUCCAACCCCCAAGUUCACCUCUCGAUACGCUGAUCCCACCCAUCCCGCAAGCAGCGGCUCUUUCCGAUCGCUGAUCACGGGAGGUCAUAUAAACCCGCCCCCCAUGACUCGACAAGAGCGUAUGGCAGGUGCUAUGGGUAACUGGUGUUCGAGUUAUGAUGCCAGACAGCCGGGGGCCAACUACACUCUCAAGGAUCAUGUGUUGCGGACAAGAGGCAUGAUGUCACUGGGAUCACCGAGGGCUGAGCAUGCUCCCUAUGGCGGACAGCCAGCUGAGCCAGCCACAAGUAUGAGGCCGGGUCUUGGAUCUCGCAUGAGUGGAGACCGAGACAACAUGCAAGUAGGACCGCUUUCAGUUCCAUCGCCAAGAGGGAUGAUCAAGAAGGUAGUGAAGAAGAACAUCCUCUACUUGAUGGUAGUCAACUUGCCAACGGACGAGGAGCUGGCUCAAGCUACGGAAGAACUUGAGAGAAGGAGGAAGGAGGGCGCCAAGAUGUCUAACAUUAUUAAGAGGUUUGCAGAUUAUUAA